CGAGCCGCGGUUUGCCGACCGCUGGUCUAGGGGAAGCGGCCCCGUGGAUGUUCACCUCUCGGGCAGGGCUGCUCUGGGCUCAGCCGGCAAUGGAGCCUGCUGGUCGCGGCUGCUCCACACACCAGCGGGGGAGGGUUUACGCAGCCCCAUUGUACAGAUGAGGAAGCCGAGGCCGGGUCCGCUGCGUGUGUGAGCUGGACGGGGGGCAGUGCUGAGCCUUCCCCGCGUGCAGGGUCCUGGAGAGCCACUGGUUCGUGUGGAUCACGCAGAUGAACCACAUCCCCAAGGAGAUUGGCCACGAGAAGCACCGGGACUGGGCCAGCUCGCAGCUGGCAGCCACCUGCAACGUGGAGUCCUCACCCUUCAUCGACUGGUUCAGCGGGCACCUCAACUUCCAGAUCGAGCACCACCUCUUCCCCACGAUGCCCAGGCACAACUACCACAGGAUCGCGCCGCUGGUCAAGGCGCUGUGUGCCAAGCACGGCCUCACCUACGAGGUGAAGCCCUUCCUCACCGCCCUGGUGGACAUCGUCAGGUCGCUGAAAGAAGUCUGGCAAUGUCUGGCUGAAAGCCUACCUCCAGGUAGUGAAGGUGGCACCCAGGGCUCCACCACAGCCAGCUCAGGCAGGCUCCGCCCGCCUCCUCCCGGUCCUGCCAUCUUCCCCUCCACCCUCUUGCCACCCUAAGGCCACAGCUCUGGGCCCAACAGGACAGGGGCGAGGGGGAUGGGACGUGAAGCCACAAGGUGAGCGUGACACGUUUUCCUGGAGCAAAAAUUGAGGCAGACUGUUAUUUUUAUAUAAAGACAAACCCAGAUCUAUGAUGGAAUAAAGUAUUGAACUUGCAUGAA